UCCUACUUCGGUGCACAUGACCGACGGCUAGUUUACACAUCUUUGUUAUCUAAUAACAUCUCUGGCGAACGUGUCAACCAUUUCAAAUACUGAAUGAAUGGCGCUCACUAAGAAAGUAAACACCGGCUGUGAACCACACACAAAGUGCAACACAGUUCUACCAAUUCAGUUUAGUAGGUUAAGUAGAGCAAAAUAAAACAGUCACUCAAGUUCGGUCCGUGAAGAAUAGAACAGUCGCAGGCGGUUACCGCGCAGACUCCUCACAAGUCGUCACGUUAGAAUCUAGAAACGCAUCUCGAACAGAUGGCCAACUUGAGUGAUCUCAUAUCUAUCGAAGAGUGCGUUGAAGUGAUAAGAAACUCCGUUGCGGCUAAAAAUGAUACCGUGAAGGUUUUAAAAUACCGGGUGGAUAAAAUAGGCGGGCAACUCGGUUAUCUGGGAGAAUACGCUUAUUUAAUCGCCACGGUUGAAGAAGAAAAUGAAAAACCCAAAGAAUUGCAGUAUUUCAUGAAGUUCCUACCUUUUACGGAUCCUAAACAGCGUGCGAUUAUUGAAGAAAUUGGGAUGUUCAAGAAAGAAGUCAUCACCUAUCGGGAGCUGUUCUCGGAGUUCAAUCAGGAUCCGAGAAAAGUAACAAAAUGGCGGCCGUCCUGUUGGCUUAUGCGAGAUGAUCUUUUGGUCAUGGAAGAUCUUACCUCCAUGGAUUUCCUGUCGAUGCCAUAUCGGAGUGAUUUCAACAAAUUACACAUGCUUAAAAUUUUUGACUCUAUGGCGCAAAUGCACGCAUGCUCGCUCGAUUUGGAGUUUAACCAGAUGAAGGGAGAGAAACUAGAUGUCAAAUUUGGGCCAAUGUUGUAUGAGACAACAUUCACGAAGGAAAGUUCGUGGUUCACGGCUGGGUUGAUGGGUAUUGUGGAAGUUGCACUGGAAGGAUCUAAAUAUGCACUCAAUACAUCCAAUAAAGAAAGAAUUUCGUCAGAAAUGGUUUUGGAAAUGGACAAAAUCUAUGAGCUGAUGGAACCAAAUGACCGGUUUCAAUCGGUUGUAGUUCACAAGGACCUAUGGUUCAACAACAUGAUGUUUCGAUUCGAGAAGGAUCCGAAUAGUGGCACGAUAGACUAUGACAAACCAACCAGUUGCGUUUUGAUAGACUUCCAAAUUGCGAGAUAUUCUCCACCGGCAAUGGAUUUCCUAUGCGCAUUGUACCUGCUGACACGACGGGACCACCGAGAUCAGUACUACGAAACUUAUGUGGAGUAUUACUACCAAGCAUUGGGUACAAAACUAGAGAAACUAAACCUCAACAUAAGCGCAAUUCUCCCUUGGAAUCAAUUUGUCGAGAGUUUAGAGCACUAUCGAUUGGUGGGACUGCUUUGGUCAGGAGUUCUACUGGGUUUUGUUAAUCUUCCGGAGGGAUUUCUUAGUGACUUACACGUCAACGAUCCUAAAGCUUAUCACGAGUUUUGUCUUGGAUGUCGCGGUCAAAUCAUAAUGGAUUUUUUCCGAAAAGAUUCCUACUACCGGGAACGAUUGUUGGACACUGUGGAGGAAACUUUAGAGUAUAUGUUUAAUUUCCAAUGAAGUAUUCUAUGGAUAUUCUUAGAUGGCACAUAUCAUAGUACUGUAAUCACUCUGACAGCUAAACACCAAAAACUCCAAAGUGAUAAAUAAACGGCACGACUCACAGUGGUUUGAAUCAAUAAAAACGUGGACAUAAACCAGUAGCUGCCAAACCGUUCUUUUAAUGCAUAUAGUUGCUUUGAAGAAAUUAUUUACAAAUAUAUACCGCGUAAUUUGAUCCUAUCAUUAAU